AUGGCAGAACCGAUGAACAUUGAUCUUGCUGCUGCUGCUGCUGCUGCUGCUGCAGGCACUGCCGAGGCCUCCUCCGCCGUCGCCGACACGCGCAUCCUGGCCGAACCCGAGCAGCAACACGCUGCUGCUUCCUCAACUGCUCCCGCCGCCAUCGAAUCUGCUGCAACCACCGAAGCAUCCGGUGCCGCCGCUGCUGAAACCGAAACGGGCAAAGUCAUUUAUCGGCUCAAACUGGGCGGAUUCCCGAACAAGGGCGCUUCGCAAGCCGUGGUCAUGGCGCUCGUCUCCAACCUGAAGCUCAACCCCAUCGCCGUGUUCAAGAAGCCCGUCUAUACAACUGCCACCGUGACGUUUGCGACCCCCGAGGAACGUGAUCACGCCAUUUCCGUGCUCAACGGACGCACCUUCCAAAACUCGGCCCUUGUUGCGGAAGUCACGAGCGACUUUGUGGAGCGAGUUUCCACAUCUGAUCGCGGAGCAAAGAGGCAAGGCAAGCGUGCAGCAGAGGAGCCUGCGGGAGACAACCCCGAGAAGCGCGUGCGUGCCGCUUCUCCAGAAGCCAUUCGAAUCAUGCUGAACGACAAUGUGACGCCGUAUUGGCAGAAACCGUACGAAGAACAACUUGCGCUCAAGCAGGCGGACAUGCUGAGCGUCGUCAAGAAGUACAGCAGCACCAUGACGGCCAAGCACGGCAAGAAUGACAACUGGUCGCCGAAAGAAGACGGGUCGCUGUUUUGUGAAAUGCAGCCCAUCCGAGCGUCGCCUGUGUUGACCGAGUACCGCAACAAGUGCGAAUUUUCGAUUGGCAUGGGUCAUGAUGGCUCUCGCAACAUGGUGGGAUUUCUGCUUGGUGCCUUCAAGAAUGGCUUUUUCUCUCUGGCGCCUGUCGAUGAGUGCCUCCACGUCUCUCCCAUUGCCAAGCGUGUGGCGUCGGCCAUGCAGACCUUCCUGAACACAGAGUCCAAGGCAGAUGGCUACGACAAGGUGACUCAUGAAGGCUUUUGGCGCCAAAUUCUGGUCCGCGACUCUACUCUUGGCGAGCUUCUCGCUGUUGUCCAGUACGCACCGUUCGCCGAUUCGGCUGCCACACAGACCGAGCUGGACAAGCUGCAUCAAUACUUUCUCAAGCUGAAGCAAGACCGCACUCUGCCGCUCACCACGUUGAUGACCCAGGUAUGGUGA